GAUCCCGUCCUCCAGAGGACCCCGUCGUCCAGAGGAUCCUGUCCACCAGCAGAUCUCGUCCUCCAGAGGACCCCGUCCUCCAGCGGACCUCGUCCUCCAGAGGACCCCAUCGUCCCGAAGGUCCGACCUCGAGAGGACCAGUCCUCCAGAGGACCCCCGUCGUCCAGACGAUCCCGUCCUCUAGAGGAUCCGUCCUAAAGAGGACCCCGUCCUGCAGCAGACCUUGUCCGCCAGCUGGGCAGGAGGACACACAACCAGCCCCCGAGCUCCUCAAUGUUGGCUGGGGGGGACAGACUCAUGGCCCCAACCUGAGAGAAAACAGUUCAUUUUGGAGGGGGGGUCUCUCACCAUGGAGACUGGGCAUGCUGAGCAUUCUCAGAGCAGGGGGGGUUGGCUGUUGCAGCGUUUUAUUCCCUUGUUUGUUAAAGGCCAACAUCAACACAAAGGAGGUCCAUCAGAACCACAACAGCCUCUGUGGUUCUGAUUCUGGUCCCAAUCCUCCACAGCUUGGAGCACAGAAGCACAGUCCGGGGGUCGUGGGGGGGUCACGGGCCGGCUCGGGCAGAAAUGAAGGACCACACGGACGAGGUUCUGAAAGGUCCUUCAGAAUAAGGGCACAGGUAUUAACAAUCCACCACAUCCUGACAGAUCACAUCUGAUCUGAUCUGAUCCCAGGCCAAGCUC